UUUCUUUUUAUCCAAAGAACAACAAAUGUCCCUAGCUGCUCUUGAAGUAAACCUGGUCGUAAUUCCAGGAUGUCUCAUAUUUUUGCUUUACUUUGUCCCCGUUGCGGUUGUUUCGAGGACUGUUUCACAAAUGCUGCGGAUUCUUGAGAAGCUGAGCUUCGCCAAGUUCACUAUUCUUUCGGCCCUUGCUAUAGCAACCUCUGUUGCAUUUUUGACUGAUACAGUUAAAUGGCACUCUACAUAUGGGUCGAAACCCAAGCCCUUGUUUCCAGACAUCAGCAUUUCUCUUCAGUUCGACAACAAGAGACUACGGCUUGAGCGCAACAUUUACAUUCAUUUGCUCGCCUUCAUUCUAUGUCUUUCAAUCAAAAAGUUGUCUACCUUCGACUUUAAAACACCUGUUCAAUCUGGAAAAAUGAAGCAAGAAUGAAACUAAAAUCUGCACUGCUAUGUUGUUAGGUUGCAUUCAUACCAUGAAUUACUUCAACAUUAGUAUAUGCAUUUGACUAUACAAUAUUUUAUAGGUAAAUCGUAUCUUUUGGAUUCUGUAACUUGUAUUUGCUCAUGUUCUUUUGAGUGUAAAAGGUCUUUAGAUGUCUCAAAUUUGAAAUAAAAUUAGUUUUAUUGACACUAUAAUGCGAGUGUAAUUCUUGAGUGGGUUAGUUAAAGAAAAAUAAUUAUUGGGUAGGAGGAAAUAGAAAACAAAGUUAAUUUCGUAUUCACGGCUAAAAAGACAAAAUACCCUGGUGGAUACGCUCAGAUAUUCACACAAUAUGCUGAAUUCGUGUAUUCAGCACUGGUACAAUGAUUUUUUAAAAUAUAUUUAUUACUUUCGACAAUGAAGAGGGAAAACAAUGAAUUGAAAAAAUAUUCGCUACAAAUGUAAUUUUAUAUGAAAAGAAA